UGUCCCUCUCAUAUAUAUCAUACUCAUAGUAAACACGUAUUCUUUUCAAUUAUUAGUAGAAUCUUGUGACGCUAUAGACAAAGAAGCGUUGCUCGACUUCAAGCAUAGAAUCACUUACGACCCAUCGCAACUACUCCAUACAUGGCUCCCAAUAACAGAUUGUUGCACCGCGUGGGAGGGUGUUGGUUGUGACCCCUUUAACGGACGAGUAGUAAACAUUUCUCGCUCUGGCUCUACUUUAGGUACCUUCAUGAAAGGUACGCUCUCCCCUUUCCUCGGUAAUCUUACCUUUCUUCAACUCCUUGACCUUAGUGGCCUUAGGGAGUUAAGUGGUCCCAUUCCUUCUCAACUAGGUAAGUUGUCUCAUUUAACCAAUAUUUUCUUAAACAUUAAUCAGCUAAAUGGUUCACUACCCUCUUCUCUUAUGGGUCUUCAUAAGUUAAAAAAGCUCCAUCUUAGCCAAAAUAGCCUCUAUGGCACCCUAACUAACUCCGUCUUUCAACCAUUGACAUCGAUUUUGGAAUUAGAUUUAUCGGAAAAUCAAUUUUCCGGGACAAUCCCAUCUUCCAUUGUUAACAAGAUUUUACUAACUAAGCUUUCAAUCCAGUACAACCAACUCUCCGGAAAAAUUCCUUACAAUAUUGGCAAACUAAAAAGCCUUACACACUUGCUUUUAUCAUCGAAUCGUAUUGUUGGAAAUAUACCCGAUUCUAUAGGUAAACUAUCGCAAUUAGAAGAUUUGUCCCUUGACCAAAACAAAAUCACUGGAUCUAUCCCAUUUUCAAUAGGACGUCUAGUUUCUUUGCAAUACCUAGAUCUUAGUAACAAUAAAUUAACCGGUGUUUUACCAAAUUCCCUUGGCAAUCUUUCAAAAAUUGUACACAUUCGCUUAGAAAACAAUAUGAUCACGGGUCGUUUACCAUCAAGUCUAGGGCAACUCUCUACGUUACACCGCAUGAUUUUUUCUAGAAAUCGAUUUUUUGGCCAAAUACCAACAAGUUUUGGCAAUCUAAAGAGCCUCAUUGAAUUAGAUUUGUCGAGAAAUCAACUUGUUAGCCCAAUCCCCCGUCAACUCAUUAAACUUAAGGAUUUAUUAUAUGUACUUGAUUUGUCGUACAAUCCACUUACUUUAGUGAAAAUACCAAGUUGGUUGUCCAAGUUUAGACUAUCUUAUCUAAUGUUAGCCCAAACAGGGAUCCAAGGCGAACUACCCCAAUUUUUUGAUAUGUCAUCAUCAUUAAUUUAUCUGGACUUAUCGAGUAAUGAACUCACAGGCAAAUUGCCUACAUGGAUAGGGAACAUGAGCGAGUUGUGGUACCUUAACGUAUCUCGUAAUAAAUUCUACUCUACCAUUCCAAAAGAAUUUAAGAAACUUUUACAAAUCUCAGAUCUUGAUCUUCACUCAAACAAAUUCUCAGGUCCUUUAGAUUUUAUUUUUGAUAAGAUUGCUCACAAAUCACAAGGACUAGGAUAUUAUGAGGCCAUCGAUGUUUCAAACAACAUGUUCACAGGUCCUAUUGAUAAAAAUAUUGGAAAUAAGCGAGCCAUGAAGAGGAUUAGUUCUUUAAUCUUGUCAAAUAAUCCAUUGGGUGGGCAAAUACCCAAGUCUAUUGGGUACUUGACCCGAUUGCGAGUGCUUGCCAUGGCCCACAAUUACUUAAGUGGAAGUAUUCCAAGGAAAGUGAUAAAUUUGAACAAUUUACAAGUGUUUGACGUCUUAAGAAAUAAACUAAGUGGAGAAAUCCCGGGACACAAGGGUAAUUUUCCUCUUUCUGCAUUUUUGGGUAACUAUGGUCUUUGCGGUGUGCCACUCUCUGCAUGUAACAAGUAUAGACGUUUUUAAUUUAUUAAGAGGUAUUCCAUCUGUUUCUUUUUUUCUUUACGUUUAGUUUUUUGCACGUUUAUUAACAACUAAUUAAUGUGCAUUGAGAUUCCUCUACUUUUUUAUUUA